CUCUCACCCGCCGCUCUGAAGCGACUGGAGGAUUAAUAAGGAUGGAGGAAGAAAUCAAUUAUUCCACAUUGGUCUUCAAAAAUAGCGCCCGUCCUGCACAAAAGGAAAAAGAGGAAGCAACAAUUUAUUCUGCAAUCAAAACUACGCCUUCUGCAACUGCUGAACCAAAAGAAAAAGAGGAGGGAACUAUUUAUUCUAACGUAAAAACUACAGAUGCUGCAACAGCUGAGCAGCGGAAAAAAGAGGAGGCGAUUUAUUCGGGAGUGAAGCUUGAAGAAUCCACAACUACUGCGGCUGCUGUUCCAAAAGCUGAAGAAGCCACAAACUCGAGAACUCGUCUGCUGCUGGUCUGUUUGGGGAUACCCUGCGUGCUCCUGGUGGCGAGUAUCAUAGUCUUGAUCAUCUACUUCACCAUGGCGAUGAACAAACAGGAAGCAGACCUCACAGCAAAAAAUGAGCAACUGAUUGCGGAAAUACGAAACUUCCAAAAUCGAACUGAAGAGCUGAUCGUCCAAAAGAGAAACCUGGAAAAUCAGACGGAGGAACUGAAUGUGGAAAAAACGAUCUUAGUGAAUCGAACAGACCAGCUGAUGGUGGAAAAGAGAGUCUUGGAGAAUCAGACGGAGCAGCUGAUGGUGGAAAAGAGAGUCUUGGAGAAUCAGACGGAGCAGCUGAGUCGAGACAGACAAGAGCUCAACAGGACCCUGGGAAUCAUCUUGACGUUCGACAACUUUCCGGUUAAAGACUUAUGCCCUGGCAAGAAGUGUCCACCGUGUCGGGAUGGCUGGAUUCGGUUCCACAACAAGUGCUACCUGUUUUACCAUAAAAACACAACUUGGCUGACAUGGUACAAAAGCCGAGACUAUUGCAAAGACAGAUAUGCAGAUCUGGUUGUUAUUGAUGAUCUGCAAGAACAGGAGUUUAUCAGCAGGAACAUCGAGUAUUACUAUGACAUACAUCACGGAUACUGGUUGCGGUUGAAGAAAACGAACAACAACUGGGUCUGGAUAGAUGACCACGAUGAUACUCUUGGGUUCUGGAUCCAAAAGGACUUUAAGGAAAAUUUUUCAUAUGGACUGAUAAUCCCUCGUAGGAAUAUCACAGAAAACUGGAGCAAAAACGAGUCGAAAUUUGAAAACAGAUUCAUCUGUGAACAUGACGCUCUAACAACAGCCAACUAAACGCUGUUGUUCCUCUUCCUCUUCAUGUUGGAUGAACAACUAACCUUUGUGCAUGUUUCCGUUUCUUCAGCAACAAAAAUACCAACAUCAAUCUGCAAAUAAAUGCUCUCAAAUGUUGUGUUUUACGUGUGUGGUGGUCUUGAGUGUCAUUAAAAGGUGCCUUUAAAUAAAAUGUAUAAUUAUUAUUGUAUUAUGAAAUAAUUUAUCUAUUGGUUAUAUUUCCCUUUUAAAGCAAAUCUAAAAUCGUUUUGAAAACUUCCAUUUUUUCAGAUGUGCUUAAGUGUGAAAUCUAAGAACAAUUACGGUUAAAAUAAUAUUUGAUGAGUCAACCUGUCUGUUAUUAGAUGGUAAGGAGUGGAAAUGUUUGUUCAGGACCAAAAACAAUGAAGUGAAACAGUUUUGCUUUAGUACAUGUUGGCAUCAAGACAUGUAUUUGAUGCAUACCUGUCAAGUUUUGGAUAUAAA